GAACCCUAUAAAGAAAGCACUUAAAAACCCUAGAAUCAGAUUCAUAUAUAUUCUUAUACCUUCCCUCUUCUUUUACUUCCUCUUUUAGGCGGCAGAAGCAGCUUAGGCAACCAGUUCGCAGCCAUGGUGAAGUAUUCGAAGGAGUCAGAUAAUCCCACCAAGUCCUGCAAGGCAAGGGGCUCUGAUCUCAGGGUUCAUUUCAAGAACACAAGGGAGACUGCGUUUGCUAUCAGGAAGUUGCCUUUGGGUAAGGCUAAGAGGUAUUUGGAGGAUGUUAUGGCUCACAAACAGGCCAUACCCUUCAGACGCUUCUGUGGUGGUGUUGGACGUACAGCUCAGGCAAAGAACAGGCAUUCUAAUGGACAAGGUCGCUGGCCUGUAAAAUCUGCCAAAUUCAUUCUAGAUUUGCUGAAGAAUGCUGAGAGCAAUGCUGAGGUUAAGGGUUUGGAUGUGGAUGCACUCUAUAUUUCUCACAUCCAAGUUAACCAGGCUCAGAAACAAAGGCGUCGUACAUACCGUGCCCAUGGAAGAAUCAAUCCUUACAUGUCUUCUCCUUGCCACAUCGAGUUAAUUUUGUCGGAGAAGGAAGAGCCCGUCAAGAAAGAGCCUGAGACUCAGUUGGCAGCUAGCAAGUCGAAGAAGUCCCAAGUAUCUGUGUAGACGCUCAGCAAAAGAUAAAGAUUGAAAUUUUAGUCGAUGAAGGAAGUUGUAUCUGGGAAUUAAUUUCUGUCUUACUCUGUGAGUAAGUAGUUUUGAUGUUUAUUCAAAGUAGAAAGAGUUGUUAUGCCUUUUGAAACCUUGUUUAGUCAAAUGUUAUUGAUCUGAGAUUCAUGUUGGAGAUUUUUGUUUUAAUCCAUGAUUUUAUAUGAAGUUAUUUUGUUGAGGAAAAUAA